UGUAACUCUCGAUAUACGGAUAUUCACUUUUAGGGACUUGGUGAAUUUGUACCACUUGUUCUAUGGGGUUUUCUAGACUUUCGGGCCCCGUUACGGAGCAAAUCCACAGCGAAACGUCUCUGUCUCUAAGAGCCAAACGAGGCACUCCUCAGAUCGGGAAUUAGUCCCGGCGGAUGAACACACACAAACGGCCGUGAGAACGGACUGCGCGUGCUGGGAAUGGAAUCCGGCUCAAUCUGUGUAGAGUUCGCGUGUUUUCCCUUAUCAUGCUCUUGUCUGUGUGAGUUUUCUCCGGGUACUCGGGUUUCCUCCCACAGUCCACAAACGCGUGAAUCUAAAGUGCGUGUGCGAGUGCGCGUGAUUCGCUACCCCGCAACGGAGCGGAAUCCCCUCAUUGAAAACCGGGGAAAAGAGCUCUCUCAAUCCGUGUGUUUGUGUUUGGGUCCGUGUCUCUGUCCCCUCCCCCUCCACUUGUUGAACGCCUCUCAUUGGCUCCCUACAGCUGUCAGUCGAGCGCGGCCCUGAUCAGCUGACUGGCUGAUAGUUCCAGUGACGGCGCUCCGCCGCCUGUCAGUCCGAUAUUCAACAGGCUGCGCCGAAGCUCGCGCGGAGUCACACCGGGGCUGCGCUGUAACGUAGAGUAACUCCGCCGAAGCCGAAGUGAGACAAAUCUGUCCGCCGAACGUCCUCGCAGUACCGAGUCUGCGCGUCACUCUGUGCCUGAUGUCCGCGGUAAGGUAGCCGGACAGCGGGAGUCUCCAACUUCAGAGUUUUGCCGUUUCUUUCUCCGCGUUUCUUUCUCGCGCCGCUCCGCCGCGCCGGAAGGUCUAUGUGAGGCUCGCACCGGGAACCUUUCUCCCGGCACCAUGGCUGAGGCAGCACAGCAACCCUUCGUGGACAUCGACCCGGACUUCGAGCCGCUCUCCCGGCCGCGCUCGUGCACCUGGCCGCUGCCCCGGCCGGACUUCCCCGGCCCGGGCGACUCGAACACGUCCUCCCCGGCGCCGUCCGUGAAGCAGCAGCAGGAGCCCGGCGGCGGCGGCGCCGUCGACUUCGUCAACAAUCUCAGUCUGCUGGAGGAGAGCGAGGACUUCCCCGAGGAGAAGCCUCCCCUCUGCGAUGAUGAUGGCUUCCAGUGCCGGGAGGACUGCGUCCACCGAGCGGCGCUCCACCAACAGCAGCUCCCGCAGCGGCAGCAGCAGCAGCAGGUGUCCGCGCUGCCGUCCCCGCUCGGCCCCUCCGCCGCCGCCGCCGCCGGGUCCUCGUCCUCCUCGUCCUCCUCGUCCUCGUCCUCCGCCGCUGCAGCCGCAGCCGCCGCCGCCGCCGCUCAGCGCAAGAGCAGCGCGUCCCGCCGCAACGCCUGGGGCAACAUGUCGUACGCGGACCUGAUCACGAAGGCGAUCGAGAGCUCCCCGGAGAAGAGGCUCACCCUGUCGCAGAUCUACGACUGGAUGGUGCGCAGCGUGCCCUACUUCAUGGACAAGGGCGACAGCAACAGCUCGGCGGGCUGGAAGAACUCCAUCAGACACAACCUGUCGCUGCACAGCCGCUUCGUCCGGGUCCAGAACGAGGGGACGGGGAAGAGCUCCUGGUGGAUGCUGAAUCCGGAGGGGGGCAAGAGUGGCAAGUCCCCCCGUCGCCGCGCUGCCUCUAUGGACAACAACAGCAAGUUCACCAGAAGCCGGGGGCGGGCCGCCAAGAAGAAGGUGUCUCUGCAGGGUGGUCCGGAGGGUGGUGCCGACAGCCCCAACUCCCACAGCAACGACGACUUUGAGGCGUGGAGCACAUUUCGGCCGCGCACCAGCUCCAACGCCAGCACCCUGAGCGGCCGCCUCUCGCCCUUCUUGCCCGAGCAGGACGACCUGGCCGAUAGCGACGUGCACUUGGUGUACCCGCCGGGCCCUACUGCCAAGAUGGCUGGCACGCUGCCUAGCCUGUCAGAGGUGGCUGGCACCCUGGGCCACCGUGGCCCAGAGAAUGUCAUGGAGAACCUGCUGGGCAACCUGAACCUGCUCUCGCCGAAGGGCUCCCAGGUGGGGGCGGGCGGAGCCGGGGGCGGAGGCUCCUCCCAGUCGUCGCCGUCGGCCAUGAUGCAGAGCAGCCCCGGGUACCCAUCGUACAGUUCUCCCAGCAUGGCGCCCCAGCCCUCGCAGGACUACCACAAGUGCCUCUACGGCCAGGCGCCCAUGAGCGGGCUCUCUGCCGUGCCCAUGCAGACCGUGCCCGAGCGCAAGCCGCUUGGCCAGUACAGCUGCCCUGCGGGCCUCCUCAAGGAGCUGCUCACCUCGGACUCGGACCACGGCGAGCUCAUGCCCUCGGUGGAGACGGUCGUCUCCCAACAGGCUGGGGGCAGGGGCAUGCUCCCCCCCUACAGCAGCGCCCCGACAGGGCACGUGGCCAAGAUCGUGGGCCGAGGAAGCCCGCACGUUCAUCACCACCACCACCACCACCACCACGGUCUGCACGGUCUGGCCCCCCCGGCUCCGGUGACCAUGAAUGGGCGCUCGAUGCUCCCCCUGACCAGCCUGAGAAGCCCCGGCCACGUGGCCCCCGAGAAGUCGGCUAUGCAGGCCCCCUUCGGCUCUGCCGCCCACUUGGGCGGUGGCUUGACCCCUGGCUUCUGCGCUCUCAGCACCAACGGCUACGGGCGACCCAGCCUGGGUUUGGCGCACGCCCCUGAGAAGCUGCCCAGCGACCUGGAUGACAUGUCCAUCGAGCGCUUCGAAUGCGACAUGGAGUCCAUUAUCCACGACACGCUCAUGGACGGCGACCCGCUGGACUUCAACUUCGAUCCCUCUGUCACCCCGCAGGGGUUCGUCCACGGCGUGAAGUCCACCACGCAUAGCUGGGUUUCAGGGUAGAAAUGCACGCAGGCACACAGAUACACACAGAGCCGCACAAACACGGGACAGCCUCUCUGUCAGUCCACUCCAAACGGCGUCCAGCAGAAAGGAACCAGAUUUCACCUGAGGUUCCCGAUCCCUACCUGAUUUAUGCGGAAAGUCCAUAUUCACUCACAUCCUUGCAGGGGAAAUGAAUGACAUUGUUAGCAAAGCAAGUCUGUUUUCAUGACCUUCACUUUCUGGGUCAGGUUUUUUUUUUUGUUUUCUGCUCUAGAGAGCUGCCAGGAAAGCUCUUAAGUAGAGCUUGCCUAAAUGAGCAACUCGUAAUUUCCCUUGCAGAAGCAGCCUUACCUCCGUGCCGUCACUGCUGCUUUAUGCUCGAGUCUGCUCCAGGUGAAAUGCUGCACCUUCAGGUCAAUCCAAAGAAGAAAAGUUACUUCCUCUUUCCUUUAGAGAGCCGCAGUACCGCUCUGACACGCACGUUUACCUUCCCGAGUUCGCACCGCUUCUGUGCGGUUGCUUUUUAAAGUUCCUUUUCAUUAGUGUUGGAGGUCCCAAGAACUAAGUGCCAAAUUUUUUUAACGUAAUGCUUAAAGCCAGAUUUUAUUCUCCAUUUAAUUAGUUUUUUUGUCUAAAAUUGGAACAGCAGCAUCUUUGCAGUUUUCAGGUGUUGCUGCAGCACAAGGGUCGUCAUCCACCUCGUUCACCGUGGUUUCUUACGCUGCCCGCCAUAUACGGAUCCGGCGAAGGUUUGAAA